CUGAAAUAACGUCGCUUGUGGCAUCACAGAUUAAUACGAAAAUAAAAGAGCAUUGCGCGGUAAAAAUUUGUCUGAGCUGGAAAAACGUUUUUUUUUUUAUAUCUUGAAGCGAGUAAUAAACAUUCUUUAUUGCUAUGGUGCCCAAACUCACUUCUGGUGCUCUAAAUCGAAUAUUGAAUGGAGAAGAUGUGGCAAAUGCUAUCAUUCAGAUUCUGGGUUGUAAGAAAAUUCAAGGUAGCGGAAAUGAUCGCUUUAGGUUGCUUAUAUCUGAUGGAGUGCAUUCAUAUGCAUUUGCUAUGCUCGGAACACAACUGAAUCAUUUGGUAGCAAAUAAAGAGCUGGAAAAAUUCACUGUUGUUAGAGUUGAUAAAUGUGUCUGCAAUCAAGUUCAGCAAGACAAGAAAGUAAUUAUUUUACUAAGUUUAACAGUUUUAACUCCUGGUUCUGAAGUUGGAGACAAAUUAGGAAAUCCAACAAUUCUAGGGCCUAAUGCAACUUCUGCUUCUGCAGUUACUGCUUCAGAAGCUUCUAAUGCUGCUAAAACUUCCAUUAUUAAUGGCCCAAGUAAACCACCUGCACAAACAAAUCUUCAGAUGAAUGGUUCAUCACAACAACCUGUUCAUCCAAUUAGCAGUUUGACACCAUACCAAAAUAAAUGGACCAUAAAAGCUAGAGUCACCAGUAAGACACCUAUUCGAACAUGGAAUAAUUCACGUGGAGAAGGCAAAUUAUUCUCUGUUAAUCUUCUUGAUGAAACUGGGGAAAUUCGGGCUACUGGCUUCAAUGAUGCUGUUGAUAAAUUUUAUGAUUUGUUAGAGCCUAAUAAGGUAUUUUAUAUAUCCAGAGCUACACUAAAAACUGCCAAUACAAAAUUUAAUUCAGUGAAAAAUGAUUAUGAAAUGUCUUUUAAUAAUGACACCUGUAUUCAGCCUUGUGAAGAAGCUUCUAGCACUAUUCCAAUGUUGCAGUUUGAUUUUGUUCCCAUAGCUCAAAUCGAACAAGUUGAUAAAGACACUAAUAUUGAUGUCAUUGGUGUGUGUAAGAGCGCUUCAGAUGUUCUGACGUUUACAGCUCGAACAACUAAUAAAGAAUUGGUCAAACGAGACAUAAGAUUGGUAGAUCGUAGCAACAAAGAAGUUAGUUUGACAUUGUGGGGUACUGAUGCUGAGAAAUUUGAUGGCAGCAUGAAUCCAGUUGUUGCUGUGAAAGGAGCUAGAGUUUCAGAUUAUAAUGGACGAUCUUUAUCUGUAACAAUGUCAAGUGUGUUGCAGAUCAAUCCAGAUAUUAAAGAAGCACAUAUGCUGAAAGGUUGGUAUGAUAGAGAAGGUUGUAACUUGGAAUUAGAGUCAAUUUCAGGAAAGUCUGGUGCAGUGUCAGGAAGUAUGGGUGGCCAGUGGAAAACAUUUGCUCAGGCUACUAGUGAGAACCUGGGAAUGGGUGAUAAAGCUGAUUAUUAUGUCAGCAAAGCCACUGUGGUAAUGUUAAGGAAAGAGAACUGCAUGUACAUGUCAUGUCCUUCUGAAGACUGCAAGAAGAAAGUAAUUGACAUGAACAAUGGAAUAUAUCGAUGUGAAAAGUGCAGUCGUGAAUAUAAUGAAUUUAAAUGGCGUCUUCUGUUAUCUAUAAGUGUUGCUGAUUUUACAGAGAACCAGUGGGUUACUUGCUUCCAAGAAGCUGCAGAAUGUAUUUUGGGCAUCACAGCAGAAGAAUUGGGCUCAUUGAAAGAGAGCAAUGAAGAAAGGUACAAUGAUGUUCUAACUGAUGCCAAUUUUAAAUCCUACAUAUUCAAAUUACGUACAAAAAUGGAAACUUUUAAUGAAGAAAGUCGUUUAAAAACAGCAGUUGUUAGUGCUUCUCCUGUUGAUCCAGUCAGCUAUACCAAAAAAAUUAUGGCAGACAUAAAGCAAAUGGAACAGGAACUCUAAAUGAUUUUAUUACUAUGGUUAUUAGCUUAUAUCUAUAGCCAUGAAAAAGAAUACUAUAUAAUGCAUCACAAGCCAUUUUAUCUGCUCUGAAAGUUUGUAUUUUUUUAGUAAAACUGUUGUUCAGUUAACAAGGAA